AUGCUCAUUGUACAAACAGUCAUGUUCUUGGGAAUUGGAAUUAAAUUAAUUGUGCUAGUGCGAUCGCAUUCACUCUCCAUCACGCAAAUGAAGAAGAUCAACAACAGCGCAUUGAAAAACGUGUUGCAAAAACCAUAUGCCAAGAUUGUCGGACUUUUGAUCGGAAUGACCUCAAGCGCUUGGAUACAAUUGGUUGCUGGUGUUGUGAGUGCUCUUACCUCUCUCUUUGCGAGUGAUUUACAUAUGAUUGAUUACUUUUUACAAUGUUUUGGAAUUUUAAUAUUUGCAAUUUUUGUAUUGUUAUUGUUUAAUCCAUUACUUGAAGAAUCCAACCAUAGUUCAGCAACUAUGGUCACUACCGAAAGAGAUGAUCAAGAAGGAAAUGAAGAUUCUAUAUCAAAACAACAGAGUACGUUGUCUCAAUCACACCAUCCUCCAUUCUCGAAAGAGAUGCUAAGCCUACCUGAAAGCUCUUCCUCUCCGUCAAUUGCCAUGAAUACCUCUCCUUCUUCUCCUAAUGAUUUAGAAAUGAAUGAAAUUGCCAAAGUUUAA